AUGUUCCGUCAAAGUGUGAGGCGAUUCGCCACUACAGCAGUGCGCGCUGCGACUGAGGGCUCCACUGCCUAUUGUACUAAGGUGUCAACCGCCCAGGGCGUCGUCAAUGGAUUGACCGAGGCAAUUGGCAACACACCACUUAUCCGAUUGAAAAAGCUCUCUGAGCAGACCGGCUGCAAUGUUCUUGGAAAGGCCGAAUUUCAGAACCCCGGCGGUAGCGUGAAGGACCGAGCAGCGCUCUUCGUCGUCAAGGAUGCUGAAGAGAAAGGUCUUCUCCAACCUGGCGGUACAGUGGUUGAGGGAACAGCGGGUAACACCGGAAUUGGUCUUGCACACGUGUGUCGGUCCAAGGGCUAUAAGCUCGUGAUCUACAUGCCCAAUACCCAGUCGCAGGGCAAGAUUGACCUCCUCCGCUUGUUGGGCGCGGAGGUGUACCCUGUCCCCGCAGUAGCAUUUGACAACCCUCAGAACUAUAACCAUCAGGCUCGCCGUCACGCCGAGUCAUUGGACAACGCAGUCUGGACCAACCAGUUCGACAACACUGCCAACCGUCAAGCUCACAUUGCAACCACUGGUCCCGAGAUCUGGGCGCAGACCGCUGGCAAGAUCGACGCCUUCACUUGUGCUACUGGAACUGGUGGUACUCUUGCAGGUAUCACCCGCUACUUAAAGGAAGCCAGUGACGGACGGGUUAAGAGUUUCCUGGCCGAUCCCCCUGGCAGUGUCCUGCAUAGCUAUAUCCAGAGCGGCGGCAAUCUUAUCGACCGUUCUGGUAGCAGUAUCACUGAGGGUAUUGGUCAGGGCCGUGUCACCGACAACCUCCAGCCCGAUAUCGGUCUGCUUGAUGGCUCGGUGAACAUCAGUGACGAGAAGACCAUCGAGAUGGUCUACCGCUGCCUUGAUGAAGAGGGUCUUUACCUCGGUGCCAGUUCUGCUAUGAAUGUUGUGGCUGCCAAGGAGGUUGCUGAAAAGAUGGGCAAGGGCAACACCGUUGUGACCAUUCUCUGUGACGGCGCUUAUCGGUACGCGGACCGCCUGUUCUCUAACACCUGGCUCGAGAGCAAGAAUCUCCGUGGUUCCAUUCCCCAGCACUUGGAGAAGUACAUUGUGUUGCCUUAG